AUGACGGUGGAAGCGAGCUCGAGCGCCGCCUCUCCACACGCGACGCUGCAAACCGAGGCCACCUCCAUCGGCGAGCUGCUGCGCGAGCACGGUUCCCUCGCUCGCGGCCACCUCGUCUCCUUCUGCCUCGACGACCCGUGGAGCUCGCUGCCGGCCGCCUGGCGCGAGGCGCUGCUCGCGCUCACCGACGCAGAGCUCGCUCGGCUUCCCGUCGACCUGCCGGUCCGCGACGACUGGCCUGCAACGUUGCAACGAUUGGUCCGCAUCUCGCGGCGCAGCUGCGCGCUCUCGUCGCCGCUGCCGCGCGAGGCGGAGGCCGACCCGCCCAGCCGGUGGCUCUUUGCGCAGACGCCGCGGGUCCGCAACAUGAACCUGAAGAAGGCGCACGAAGUGGCUGCGCUCGCGCCGCUCGUGGCGCAGACGGCGCGGCGGUGCGGCGCCACCGCCGUCGUCGACCUCGGCUCCGGGCUCGGCUACCUCGGCGCGGUGCUCGCCUUCCACCACUCGCUGCACGUCGUCGGGCUCGAGAUGCUGCCGGCGAAUGUGGCCGCCGCGCGCCGCCGCGCGCUCGAGAUCCGCGCGCGGAUGAGGCAGGAGGAGGCCAAAGUGAGCGGCGGCGCGAGGGAGGGCGGCGGUGGCGGUGGCGGUGGCGGCGGCGGCGGCAAGGGUGGCGAUGGGAGCAGCGGCAAGGGCGGCGGCAGUGGAGGCAGCGGCGGCGGCGAGGGCGGCAGCGGAGGCGGCGGCAGCGGAGACGGCGGCGGCGGCAGCGGAGGCGGCGGCGGCGGCAGCGG